AGAAUCUCUAACCUCUAAAUUUCCGAUCAUGAAUUCAUGAUUCUCACUCUGUCAAUUGUAUUAUCUUUUCAUGAACAAUGCUAGGAAAUUUUAGAUUUUCUAAAUAUUCAAUCUCUCAAGCUUCUUUAUGUGUUCUUGUUGUGUACAUUUUUUUUCGAUUUAGCCUUAAAAACAUAGAACCUACGACUGAGAAACAUCAGAAUGUCUACCCCAAGAAAUGAGAAUGCUUUGACUCCAAAUGAGUUUGUUAAUUACAAAUUCUCACGGGAAGAAUUAAAAGCUAUAGAAGAGUGCGAUCAUGAAAGUUUUAUACAGAGAAGCUUACCCCUUGGUACCAUGGCCUCUGCAGGAAUGUGGUAUGCUGUCAACACAGGUUUGAUGAAAGGUAGUCCCAGGUUUGGGGCUUUUCCCAACAUGCUGAUCGCUGGUUUUGUGGGAUAUUUUAUUGGCAAAGUCUCCUAUCGACAAAAAUGCAUUGAAAAAUUCAUGCAAAUACCAGACAGUAAAAUAGGACAAAUGCUGAGGGAAAAUCAAGGGAAAUCCAAAGGUGCCUUUGGAGACUUUGAUCCAGGGUUCGGGUCAGGGUUCGGCUCUUUCCCUAGCACAGCUUCCAGUGGACCUGGAGCCAGUGAACGAGGCAAUGAUGGUUUUAGUGAUAUAUCUCCAAGGACUUAUGCAGACCUAGACAUAGAUCGUCCCUUAACAAAUUUCGAUGAUUCAUUUUCUUCAAAUAAUUUUAACAGCUCUAUCAUCGAAGAUAAUCUGCCUGCCACACCACCUUCUGCAAUGUACUCUUAUGAUGAAUUAAGAAGGAAGAACAGAGAAGAGUAUGAACAGAGUAGAAUCAAACCUUAUCCCAGGCGUGUGCAGCCAUCAUCAGCAGCACCAAGUCAAAGUCCAGAUCCGCCCCCAGAAAGUCCCAGAAUUUGGGAUCAAGAACCCCCACCAAGAAGCUCAGCCAAUCCAUCCCAAUCAUGGAGACAGAAAAAUGCUUAUGGGGAUGUUUGGGAGAAGUAGAAGAUUUUUUUAUUUUAGCUGUUUUUAAAGUUAUCCAUGAAAUCUUGCGAUUAGAUACAGAAAAUGCUGCCAGCUGGCACUUAAAGUCAAUCAAAGUUUAUUUAUCUUUUUUAUUUAUAUUUAUUUAUUUACUUUAAAUGAGUUCCAUAGAACAAUAAGUUAUCCCCCUCAAAAUCAAUAAAAUGACAUUGCUGCUUUAUCUAGAGUAAGAUUUAAGCAGUUUUUAUCAUUUUUCCUCAUUGUGAAGAUUGCAUUCAAGAAACUGUUUUAAUGCUGUUUUUUAGCUUUACUUUUAGUUUCAUUUUUCUCAUGUGUGUGUAUCCUUUCCCUAAUUUUUAUACCAUUCUAUCUUUGGCAAUUUCUUAUUACUUACUAAAGAGGUUCCUAAUAAUCUAUAUGGAGGCGACUUUUCAGUGGAUCAAUUUUUUGUUGAUAAAAAUAAAUAACUGUUGAAAUUGUUU